GAUAAGAGAUUAGAGGAGAUGACUGAAAGGGAUUGGCGUAUCUUCGGGGAAGAUUUCAAUAUCUCUUACAAGGGUUCGAGGGUUCCUCGUCCUAUGGGGAGCUGGGAAGAGAGCAAGCUUACUUCUGAGCUUCUGAAAGCUGUGGAGAGAGCUGGAUACAAGAAACCUUCUCCUAUUCAAAUGGCAGCUAUACCACUUGGACUGCAACAGCGUGAUGUUAUCGGCAUUGCAGAGACUGGUUCUGGUAAGACUGCUGCUUUUGUUUUGCCUAUGUUAGCUUACAUAUCUAGAUUGCCACCCAUGACUGAAGAGAAUGAGACUAAGGGACCUUAUGCUUUGGUUAUGGCCCCUACUAGGGAGCUUGCUCAGCAAAUUGAGGAGGAAACUGUUAAGUUAGCCCAUUAUUUAGGGUUUAGGGUGACUAAAAUUGUGGGUGGUCAGUCGAUUGAGGAACAGGGGUUGAAGCUAGCACAAGGGUGUGAGAUUGUGAUUGCCACUCCGGGUCGUUUGAUUGAUUGCCUUGAGAGGCGGUAUGUUGUGUUGAACCAGUGCAACUAUGUGGUUCUUGAUGAGGCUGAUCGGAUAAUAGACAUGGGUUUCGAGCUGCAAGUUUCAGAAGAGCUUGAUGAAAAGAAAAUUUACAGAACCACAUGUAUGUUCAGUAGUGCUACAAUGCCUCCUGGGGUAGAACGGCUUGCUAGGAAGUACUUGAGGAACCCUGUUGUCGUCACCAUUGGUACUGCAGAUUUGAUUUCGCAACACGUGAUUAUGAUGAAAGAAUCCGAAAAAUUCUUCAGGUUGCAGACACUGCUCGAUGAACUGGAUGAUGAUAAGACUGCCAUUGUGUUUGUUAACACCAAGAAAAAAGCAGACAUUAUUGCUAAGAAUCUGGACAUGGCUGGGUACUUUGUAACGACCUUACAUGGUGGGAAAUCACAAGAGCAGAGAGAAAUCAGCUUAGAAGGUUUCAGAGCAAAGAUAUACAAUGUUCUUGUUGCAACAGAUGUUGUUACACGUGGAAUUGAUAUUCCCGAUGUGGCUCACGUCAUAAACUACGAUAUGCCUAAACAUAUUGAGAUGUAUACACAUCGUAUCGGACGUACAGGGCGUGCUGGGAAGAGAGGUGUUGCGACUUCGUUCUUGACUCUUCAUGAUACCGAGGUCUUCUAUGAUCUGAAGCAGAUGCUUGUUCAGAGAAACAGUUCGGUGCCUCCUGAGCUGGCGAGGCAUGAAGCAUCCAGAUUCAAACCUGGUACAGUUCCUGAUAUACAGACCCCCAAGACAUAGUGACGUUUACGCUUU